CUGGAAAUUUAUUGAAGCAAUUCAGUUUACGUACUGUCUACUGAUGACAAAUCUGAUGAAAUUGUUUCCAGAUAAAGGUAUGGAAUAAUUCAGUAGUAGUUUUGAAUCGUUAUGAACAUGAGGUGAUUCUCGAACACUAAAUGAAUGUGUUGUGUUUUUGAUCCUGAGAGGAAUUGGGACCUCAAAUUUUUUGCUGGGCUCCUCUGGGCCAAUGAAAGAGCACGACCCAUUAAUGGAAAACAAAGGAAUGGUGUCACCAGCGCCAUCUGACGUAACAUCUCCAACAGUGCGUGUCAACAUAUCAUCAGUUGUGGAGAAAGACCACAGCUCUCAACCUACCAAGAUAAAGUUCAAACGGUGGAUUACCGUGCCGUACGGUUUGAAUGCCCUCCUUUUAGUUUUCGUUCUAUCCCUGCUGGUACUGGCGGAGUAUGGUUACAUUCCCGGCUCUAAACUGGGGUUCAUCUGCGAGGAUCCUUACAUCUCCCACAAGUUCAGAGGUGAAGUCAUCUCCCCAUUGGUCCUAGGCAUAGGAUCUCUGCUGAUCCCCAUCAUAACACUGCUCCUCACAGAAGUGUUAUCGAACAGGACGUUCAGUAGAAUUGAUUACUGCAAAGUGUGGUACUUUUACAGAGAGUGCGCAAUCGGGUGUGUCUUCGUCCUGACCAUCACGCAAAUCGCGAAAGUGUUAGUAGGGGAGCAUAGACCCCACUUUUUCGACGUGUGCCAGCCGGACACGGCGAAGGACUGCGUUGUGGGCACUUUUAUUGAGUCUUACACCUGCACCAAUACAAAGUACAAUAAUUACUUCCUGGUGGAUUCAUCGAAGUCGUUUCCUUCAGGGCAUUCAUCGGUAUCGUGGUUUAUUGGAUUGUUUUCAGCCUACAUCAUCCAGACCAGACUUCCAACGUCAGAAACAGGUCGACUGCUCAAACCGUUCCUGAUAGCCGUGUGCCUCACAUGGUCUUUGAUUUGUUCUUUGACACGAAUAUCUGACAGGAGGCACCAUUGGUGGGAUGUCUUAGCUGGGACGAUGCUUGGUGUGGUGGGUGCCGUAUACACCAUCACUUUGGUACACAGAAAAAUGAAUACUUCCCACAUAAUCACAAAAGACUGUUCAUCCACUACAACUUUGCUGGACGUCAAGAACAAAGAAGCGACCAGUGUGAUUAUAUAGUUUUCUCACAUCAACUUCCAGUUGGAACUUUCCUGCCACUUCUCAUAUUUUUCGCACCAUUUUUAAUCAUAUUCACUACUACAAAAUGAGGUGAUACUGUAUGGCAGUAGGGGGGGAUUCUGCCCCCGAAUGCGAUCAAUGUGACUUCGAAAAACGAACUGAAGACAGGUUUUUCAAUGACUGGUUCAUUUUUGAAUGGGAAAUGAUAAAUGUAACUGAAGAUGAAUGGAUCUGUGUCAGGAUUUUUUUGACACUCGACAAUUUUUUUCAACCAUGUUGAACUUAUAUUAUUUAUUUAUGUAUCAAUAAUGUGAGGGACGGUGUUGUGGUAUUAUUCUUGUACAUAGUGUUGCGAUAGAAAGUAGAUCAAUAGUUAUGAAAAAUGUUUUGAAAAUAUAAA